ACUAACCAAUGGCGGGACCUCUCGUUAUUUUUUACUUGUUACUGCAAUUUACCGCAAUUGCGACUUCCACCUGCCACAAACCACUAAACCACUCAAUGUUCCCAGCCAUUUUCACCUUCGGCGAUUCAUUUCUCGACACCGGAAACAACAAUUUCUUACCCACAAUAAUUAAAGCCAACCACGCCCCAUACGGCCAAAACCUCCCCGGCCGAAUCGCCACCGGACGGUUCACCGACGGGAGAAUCUUCGCCGAGUUUGUGGCCGGCGCCGUUAACAUUAAAAACACAAUCCCACCAUUUUUAGACCCGAGUUUAUCCACCAAUUCACUCAGAUCAGGGGUUUGCUUCGCCUCUGCCGGGGCCGGGUACGAUGAUCUCACCACCCUUUUAACCAACGCUCUGCCGGUUUCCAGACAGGUUCAAAAUUUCGCCGAUUACCUGAGCAAACUGAAUUUAGCCGUCGGCGAAAUCGCGACGAAGAAUAUUGUCAAAGAUUCGCUUACCAUUAUUGUGGCCGGAACCAAUGACUUUAUCGCAAACGUCUAUCAGACGCCUACUAGACAGAUUCAUUUUGGGCUCAGUGGUUAUCAAGAUAUUCUGCAGCAGAAAAUUCAAACUGUUAUUGAGAAUCUAUACAAUCAAGGAUUGCGGAAGUUCUUGGUAGCGGGGCUGCCUCCAAUUGGGUGUUUACCAUUUCAAAUAACCACGAAAUUGGGAUUUAUUAAGUGCAUUGAAGACGAAAACUUGGAUUCUCAGCGUUACAAUCAGAAGCUUAUUGCCCUCCUACCCAAUAUCCAAGCAAAGCUUCCCGGAAGCAAGAUUGUGUACGCUGAUAUCUACACUCCAAUUUCCGAUAUGGUCGCCCGCCCUGAAUCCUACGGAUUAACGGUAACUAAUAGAGGAUGCUGUGGGACUGGACUUGUGGAAGCUGCAUUUUUGUGCAAGCAAUUUAGUCCAGUCUGUCCAAACCCAAACCAGUAUUUAUUUUGGGAUGCUGCCAAUCCUUCGGAAACAGGCCACAAAAUAUUAGCCCGGUUCUUGUUAGACCAUGCUGUGCCCCAGUUCUUUACCAAGUCUGAUUUGUUAAGCGAUAUAUUUUAACCGUUUUCUAGUAUGUGUGGAUGGAAGAAAAUUGCUCCAAUUUGGAUGGUAGUCUUUUCAUUUUUAGCCUUUUAGGGGGGAAAAAAAGGUGUUUAUCAACUAGUUAAUUAGUUGUUUAAGUUGAGUAGAUAAUGUGUUACAUAAGAUCAAACUUGUAUUGACAUUUUAUCAAGGUAACUGAAGAGAUUCCUCAUCAAGAUGUAUGUAAUAAAGUUUGCAGUCCAUGAAUUUGAUUAUCAUCACUUCAGUUCUUAAAUAAGAG